AUGAAGAUAGCCGUCACAGGCAGCAGUGGUGGCGUCGGCCGGCGCGUCGUCCUCCUCGCCCUCAAGCAAGGGCACGCCGUCGUGGGCAUCGACGCCCACCCACCCCCGCCCGCCCCGCCCACCGAACCAGAGCUCAACUUCACUGCGCACGUCGCCUUCACGUACCACCAGAUCGAUGUUCGUGAGUACGACCAAGUAGUGGAGGCCCUGCGGGGAUGCGACGCCGUCAUCCAGCUCGCGGGGCAACCAAAUCCCAAGGAAGAUGAUCCUGCGAUCACGCACAAUACGAACGUCGUUAUAACGUGGAACGUACUGCAAGCAGCGGCCCAACUCGGCAUCAGACGGAUCGCGCAAGCGUCUUCCGUCAAUGCCAUUGGAAUGAUCUACAACGCGACGAGCCGUUUCCGUCAAUUUCCCAUAGACGAGUCCCACCCGUGCGAACCCGACGAGCAGUACGGCUUGUCAAAGCUCAUAUGCGAGAUGCAGGCAGAUACCAUCCUCCGCCGAUACCCAGAAACCCGCAUCGCCUCCCUCCGCCUGCACUGGUCCAUCCCCUCCCGCGCCUACCCCGACCGAGUCGAAUUCACCGGCAACCCCGAGCGGUCCGCGAAGGACCUCUGGGGCUACGUCCAAGAAGACGAGGGCGCCCGAGCGUUCAUGCUUGCGAUAUCGCCCGAGAACGACGGCAAAUGGUCCGGGCACGAGGUAUUCCUUAUAGCAGCGUCGCAAAGACGGGGCACGCGCGAGCAGGCAGAGUCGCAGGAGUUCAAGGACAGGUAUUGGCCUGAUGUGCCUGUUAGGGAAGGGUGGAGUCUGAAGGGCAGUAUGGGGUUCUUCGACUGUAGCAAGGCCGGCAGGUUACUUGAUUGGAGACAUGCACCUGAGUAG